AUGGUGGACCUACAUUCACUCCCUAAGGGUUCCCAGCCAGCGAAUGCUCUUCGCAAUAAUGGCCCCGACCACUUGGUGCUUGAAAGACUUAAGCUCCGUGAGCUUGCGGAAGGAUGGCCGUCAUACAGAGAUGCAUGCGAAUGGGAAAACUUCCAAUCCAUAUUCCAUCCCGGCGCCUACGUUUUCACCACCUGGUCUGGCCGCGUGCUGGCUACAGACUUCAUCGAGGCCUCCAAGGCGGGCAUGGACAGGGGCGCGUUCAUCAUGCACCGCUGUCACGGCUUGACCACGGAUAUCAACCAGGAAGGCACACGGGCCGUGACCAAAAUGAAGGCGACAAUCACCCAACGUUUCGAGAUCGACGGAUGCGAGAUUGACGUCGAGUGUGACUGCCGCUUCUGUUUCUUUUUCGAGAAGGUCGAGGGCCGGUGGGGCGCACACUUCGUCCGCCACUGGUACGAAAAGGACAAGGUCAUCCCGGCGAACCCAGCCCGUUUCCCCAGGAUUGAUGAUGCCAAGCUGCAGCAGUAUCCUCCUGGCUACAAGUAUCUUGCAUAUUUCCAGGAAGCUACAAUGGGUGUCAAGGUCCUGACCGAUAUGCCCGGCCACAGGCGACAUGUCAGCACGCAGAACCUAGAGAAGCAUGAUUUAUUGUAUUGGCAAGCCAAGGACUGGCUGGAAGGGCGCAACCUUGAUAUCUAG